UACUUAUAAUUGGCUAGGCAGGCACACCAAUGUACUUACAGGGUCUAUAUAAACAACACAACAAAUCUCAAAUAACAACACAGCAAAAAGAACUGCAGUACGUAAGCGUAGCUAGCCUCCUCCUCUACUGUAAAUCGAUCAUGGUGAUAGUGAAGAAGAACACGAGUGCCCUGUGCUGCUUCGUGGCCACACUCAUGGUGGUCAUGGCUGCCACCCUUCUUCUCUCCUCGUGUGACGCCCGCAAACAGAUAGUUGAGCCGCGUGCUUUUCCCCUGCCGGCUUCGUGCUACUCCAAACACUUCCCGGACUGCACGGACGAGCGAUGCAAGAAGUUCUGCGGCGGCGACGACAUGCCGCCGGUCUCUGCGGCCUUCUGCAAUGACGACAAUAACUGUUGUUGUCCCGUUAUCUAG